AAUCGCUCCUCCCUAGUCCCCUAGAACGAGCGCCCUCCCCUUUGCAACGCCUCCGAACAUAUCACAGAGGCGCGCUUUCUGUGCCGCUGGCCUCAAUCAGGUCGACCAAACGCAGAUAAUAUCGCUCCACGCACCGUUGCUGAAGUCAUUCAUUCACUUGAACUCAACUAGCGAACACACCAUGUCUGGAAGAGGCAAAGGCGGCAAGGGACUCGGAAAAGGAGGCGCCAAGCGUCACCGCAAAGUUCUCCGCGAUAACAUCCAGGGAAUCACCAAACCCGCUAUCCGCCGUCUGGCUCGUCGCGGCGGCGUGAAGCGUAUUUCCGGUCUGAUCUACGAGGAGACCCGCGGUGUCCUGAAGGUGUUCCUGGAGAACGUGAUCCGUGACGCAGUCACCUACACCGAGCACGCCAAGAGGAAGACCGUUACCGCUAUGGACGUGGUCUACGCUCUGAAACGUCAGGGACGCACCCUGUACGGUUUCGGCGGUUAAAGUCACUCUCUUCGGAACCACAACACCCCGACUCGAACCCAAAGGCUCUUUUAAGAGCCACCCACUCUGUCAGUAAAAAGAGCAUUUCCAUCGCCACCGAAUGAAUGCGCAGGUAGGCUGCGUUACAUUGUAGGACCGCGGUUACAUUGUAUCAUUGUUUAAUGGGCGGCGCGCGCCGGCUCGGAGAACGGCUACAUUGUAUAAUUUCCCCCGCCCGGUCCAGCGUAGGGGUUUAGCACGCCUUUUUUGUUGUCUUUGCACGCUGAAUAGUAACCCAUGUUUGUCGGCCUCCAUUCCAGGUGAAGGCAAUGUAAAAUGGCACCAUUUGACAAAGGGUGUAAAUAAAAAAGCAGUCUGUUGGGUUUGAA